GAUAAGAAUCAUUGAAUGAUAAUGAUAAUAGAAUUUCUUCAAAUUAGUUCGGUUCAACUGUUCAAGUUGGAAAUUUGAAUAUUUUGUUACAUUUUCUAUCGAAGUUGUUAAUUAUUUGAUAAGCUUUAAGCUUAAGCUUUUGUUUUUCAAAUCAGUUUCAUCUAGUGAAGCUCUGCGACUUUCUACUCGGCGAUUCAUCAGCAGCAAUACUCAUUAGCUGACUUUAAAUUGCCCUUGCUUCAUGGAGAGUAUGGUAAUUGCUUGAUAAGUGUCCGAAAGUUAUUGAAGACUGAAUUUGAUUACCGACUGCUUGUGUGCUCCAAGAUUGUUACAAACGGCGAUUGUAUUUUCGAUAAUUUUUUCCUUAAAUUACCGCCUACUUUACUUUAUCAAACUUGGAAGUUGUCGUCGUUCGUCAAGUUCCAAUUUAAAUUUUUGUGAACGUGCAUAGCAAAGGGUGCAGUGCUUUGAAAACUAGUGUGUUUUAUACCUCAAGAAACCAAAACAUUUAAUGCCUCAUUUGCCUAUAAACUGAAGAAAAUUCACGUUGGAAUCCCUGGGUUGCAUUGUUCAUAAACAUCGAGCUAACAAUUCUCCGAGAAAAACGAAGAGAAAGCGAAACGAAGCUGUCAAUCUUGUCUUAAUCACAUUCACACUUUCGUUGAACAACGCAGCUUUAGUUGAUGAGAGUUUUCGUCACUGCGGAUGAAUCAUUUGAACGUUUGCUAAAAUUUGGAGGUGUUACUAAGCUCAACAAACUGUAGAAAUGUUUUCCAUCUGCAAAGGCCACACACAUCUGUCGAAGCAGUUAUAUUACUUCCAUAAUGGUAGCACGAUGAAGAUGUUUCCUUAUCCUCGAGGUAGUACUUACUUCUCAAAAAAAUCGUAUCACGUGCAAGAAACAAUAACAUCAGUGCUGUCUGACUUACGAGAUGGUGUUAAUUUUCCAAAACAAGUUCAUUAUAGUCGUAAUUAUUAUGUGAAACGGGCGUUUUUUACCUCAUCAAAUUGCGCUAAUUUUUCAAAGGAAUUACGUUAUGCGGACACGAAAAUCGCCAACUUCAGAACACACGCUGAUUUCUCCAAGCAGUUAAAGUUAAUAGAAAAAAACUCGACCGAUGAAGCUGGUGAUUUGGUGCGAGAAUGGCUCUUACGUUUCGAUUCGUUGGGCAGAAUUGAAGCUAGCGGAGUUUCCGGCACGUUUAAUAGUUUAUUAAAAUUCAAUAUUUUUGGCCCUGGAUGGAAUACCGAAUAUCGAGAAAAUUUCAAGCAGUUAAUCGUUAAAUUGGCUGAAAAAGGAGACCAGUUAUUAGAUCCAAAUAGUCGAACUUCUUCUAAAUUUAGCUUUUGGCACGUUGCAAACAGUUUGAAAGCGUUAUCGAAAUGGUAUGUGUUGAAUAGCAAUGUAUGGGAAGGAUGUGUUGAAAUUGGUAACCGGAAAGUAGCCAAGGUUGAUUUAUUUGGAUCUGUGAUUGGCGGUUUGAUAAGUCGAGCAACUUGGAUACUGGAAAAUGAAACAGCUGAUCAAAUUGAUUCUCAACGUAUCACCAAUUGUCUAAAUGCUUUAUCGAAAUGGAAUAUUAACGAGUUCAAAGACUCCAAGGAAUUCAUCAGUCGCUUAGUAAAAGAAGGCAUCAAAAUUAUCGAUCAGUUCGAUUCUUUAGCUGUUGCAAAAAACCUGAGUGCUUUGUCUGGGUGGAAUAUAAGCGAUUUCGAAGGUGCCAGAGAAUUCAUCAUACUGCUGUGUGGACGAAAAAGUUCAACUAGUGAUAGAUUCACUCCUCUGAGUAUUGCCAGAACCUUGAAUGCAAUGUCCAAAUGGGACGUCGAAGAAUUGCGAGGAUCCAAGGAGUUCAUAAUUUAUUUAAUGAAACAAGGAACUUCGAUAGCGAACGAAUUCAAUUCAAAGGAGAUCGCGCACAGUUUGAACGCUCUGUCCAAGUGGGACGUCGAUGAGAUUCAAGAAGCUAGAGGUUUUAUUGUUUCGUUAAGCAAACGUGGAAACUCUAUCAUCGAUACAUUUAUUUGCCAAGGUAUCAGUAAUAGUCUAAAUGCGUUUUGCAAAUGGAAUAUUGAUGAAUUACAGGGUUCCAAAACGUUCAUCGUUCGGUUAAUAAAACGAGGCAGCUCAACAGCCGGUGGUUUUGAUGCUCAAGAGAUCGCCAAUAGUUUAAACGCGUUGUCUAAAUGGAAUAUCCACGAGUUAGAUGGAAGUAAACCUUUCAUCGUAGAAUUGAUCAGAUGUGGAAUUCUAACAGCUGAUACAUUCGACUCACGAGGUAUUUCUAGUUCAUUAAAUGCGGUUUCCAAAUGGGAGAUCGACGAAGUAAAAAAAGCCAGAGAAUUUAUUACUCGAUUAAUAAAACGCGGUUGUUCGAUUAUCAGUAGAUUCGAUUCGCAGGAUAUUGCCAUCAGCUUGAACGCUCUCAGUAAAUGGAACAUUGACGAAUUUGAAGGAGUCAAAGAGUUCGUCGUGAAGUUGCUGAAGCGAGGAAACUCCCUAGUGGGCGGAUUCAAUGCUCAAAACACUGCAACUACCUUGAAUGCUCUGUCCAAGUGGGAAAUCGACGAGCUGGAAGGAGCUAGAGAAUUUGUCGUUCGUUUAAUUAUACAGGGGAGGUCAACGAUCGCCAGAUUCGAUUGCCAGAAUGUUAGUAAUUGCUUGAAUGCUUUUUCUAAGUGGAACGUCGAUGAACUGGAAGGAGCUACAGAAUUUAUUGCAGAACUGGUCAAACAAGGGAAUUCAAUUUCUGGCGAAUUGAAUACGCAAGUUAUCAGUAAUAGCUUAAAUGCCAUAUCUAAAUGGAAUAUUUUUGGAAUACCAGCAGCUCAAGAUUUUAUUAUCAAUUCAGUAACUCGUGGAAGUGCUAUUGUUGAUGAAUUCAGUCCUCAAGGAAUUCCCAGCAGUUUGAACUCUAUAUGUAAAUUUAACAUUUUUGAUAACAAGAAAUGGAACGAUAAUCAGUUGAAAAACUUGAAACGUUUCGUUAUCAAACUUGCAAAAAAAGGAACCGAAAUAUGUAGCGAGUUCGAUUCUCAAAACGUCGCUUUAAUAUUCUAUGCUUUUUCAGAACUGGAAAUUCUGAGUAAAGAAAAAUGGACGCCAGAUGAACGGAACUUGUUAAAAACUUUCCUAGUCAGUAUUUCUAGUUCAGAUAUUUGGUGUAAAAAUUGCACUCUCCAGGAGAUAUCAAGAAUAUAUAAAACGUUAUCGGAAAUGAAUGUUCUUCAUAAUAAUGAAUUCGACUCCAAACAAGUUAAUAAGUUCAAAGAUCUGCUCAAUGAUCUUGAAAAUCGACUUUUCGCACUUAGAAAUGAACAGAAUUCAACUGUGAAACCUGACAUUAAUAUCAGACUUGCUGUUCAAAUGAUCAAAGACUUACCUGAGCUCAGGUCUAAAAAUCUUAUUCUGUCUGAAAAUCAGUUACUGGUUUCGUUGAUGUGUUGUUUAAGUAGUAAUGUGGAGAAAUGCGAAUCUUCUGAUUUGAUUCAAACAAGUAUUUUGAUUGGGUUGCAUGAUCUUUUAGAAAUUACCAGUCAAUUGGAAGAUAGGCGCAGUUUAGAAGGAGCAUUUGAUGAGAGUUUGUCUAAAAUAUACAAUAAGCUGGUUGGAAUUAAUUUGAAUCAUAUCGAUGAAUUAGUAGAUGUGGUUUAUAAAUUUGAUAAAUUACGAGUAAUUCGAGAUAUGCAGUUUUUGUCUAAAUGAGUGAUCGUUUUUUUUAAGCUGUAGUAAUUCAGGUUUGGAAAUUUCUUUGUAUUGGUAGAGCGUGUGAUUUUUUGAUUUUGGAGGAAAUGCUAUUUAAAAUUGAUGUAUUAAAUAUAUCUGAAAUGUACAAAAAUUAAGGAUUUUUUCUGUUCUGUGCAAAUUUAUUUUAAUUAUCUACCUGUGUUUUAUUUUCAUAGUGUACUUGUAAAUGUAUUAAGUUUCAGAACAUCCUGUUUUAUCACUAUUUAAUUGUUCCUUUCGUUGUUUUUUUUUUUGUUGAUUUGCAUUUAUUUUCCGGAUGUAAUUUUCAAUAAAUCGAUUAAAAUUGGAA